AUGCGGCCAUCAGGCUACACGAAGCAGGUGAAAGACAGCCCAGACGAGGAUAUGAUGGGCACAAGAGUGUCGCUCGCCAGAAAAUUCGUGUCGGCCGUUGGUGCGUACCCCUGUUUCCCGGCACCUCUGCCAAUCCCCGGGACGGUUCCACACUGGGUGUUGUCACGGCAGCAGGCAGCUGCGGUUUCACUAGUCCAGCCAUCCUAUCCGGUGUAUGGGAUGGCGCAGAGCGGUGCGGGCGCACACCACGGCUUCAUAGCUGUACCUAAGCAGGAGACAUUAGCGGGAGGAGAGGAGUCGAAGGAAGAUGGAGAGGGCGAGAACGAGCUAGGAACAAAGCCGACCAAGUACACAGGGGUCUAUGUGGAGGCCGAUAGAGGCAAGUAUGGGGUGAAGGUCGUCGCAAAGGACAAGGAGGGGAAGAAGAUAACGAAGAGAGUCGGCGCGUACACCACGAUAGAGGAGGCAGCGUAUUGCUACGCGGCAGCUGCCCACGUGCUGAGGCCUGGUAAAGGCACCCGGAACUCUGUGGCUUUAACAUCGGCUAAUAAGGCAGCUUUGAAGGGGUGCACUCCCGAAAUCCUGAAAGUCAUGGUGGAUGCCCGCAUGUGGUGGCGCUGGAGGUUAUGGAGGGAGACUUACGAAGGUCUGAUGCAGAAGGCAGCGCGCACAAAGAAGAAUGCAAAGCGUGCAAAGAGGGGGAGACCGCGCAAGGGGAGUGGUGAUCAGGGUGGGGGCACGGCAAGGGAGGGUGAAGGCGAGAAGGCUGGCAGUGAGGACACCGUAAUCUCGUUAACAAUGGAGACUUCCGUUGCUUUUGAAGAUACUGGCAACGCGGGGCGUGCACGGCGAGUGUCCCAGCCCCCGGCGUACCUGCGCGCGGCAUAUCAGCUUGCAACUCCUCGUGGGCGCAUGCCAUGGGGGACUCGCGGAACGGCCUUGCCAAAGCGUUUGGCCAUUACUAGAGCGGAUGCUGGCGGGAAAGCAAUUCGUGACGGUAAUGACGAUAAUACUGGGGGUGAGACAUUGGACGCUUCUCCCGGCAGGGUCGGCAAACAAGCGCUGGUGAGUGACUCGCCCGAUUCGCGUUCCAAGAGCGACGCUGCUCCUCGUAUGGCGAACCGGAAUCGAGGCGAGGACGUAGAAGGGGGCAAACAGGCACACAUCGUGAGCAAUAUAAACGCAUCCGAAGAGGAGGAUGACGAGGAUGUGGGUGACGCGAUGCGCACGAUGUUCGAAACCAACGCAUACCGCGAGAACGAUGCUGUGGACACGCAUGGCGAGGAGGUGCGCGUUUCCGCGGGAGUAUUCAGGAGCUUGCUUAAGUCGCAGGACGAGAGCGCGCAGAAGGUGGCCCACUUGGAAACUCUACUUUUGGAGGCGCUGGCGAAGUCCGAUGGGGGGUCCCGUCGGCGCAAGGCGGAGCGGCAGAGGGAUCCCGGGCAGGGAUGCAUGAACCCAAAGCGCCAGCAUCGCGGCGAGGCAGUGGCAGACGUUGAGGAGGAUGACGAUAAGGAGGACGACAACGACUACGAGGACAUGGCACAGAUUCGCACGCGUCGGAAGCACAUGCGCUCUGCGAAGUCGCCUGUUCUGCAGCGCGCACUUGAUCUGCUGCCGGCCGACAAGGCUUGGAAGCGCCUAUGCGAGCUGGUCCGAGUGCAGCUGUUCUUGAAGAAGCCGGCCGCAACCAUGACUUUCUAUCCGAGCUCUGACGACAAGACUUAUGGCGUUUGCGCAGUGAUUGACUGCCUGCCGCAUAGCUUCGCGUGCCUUGCGCUUGCCGCGGACAAGUCCCGCCGUGCUGACCUUAACACGAUGCUGAGCGAGUGGAAGACAAGGGCUGCCGGACUGGUCCGGGACAUUGCGCUCCCUAAGCUUGGAUUCUUCUGUGAUGAGCGCGACGAGGCAAGCCCGUGGGCAAGGGACAACGCACGCACGCUGGAGCAGAUUCGGGAGCGCAUUGGGCUCGGUGCGGAGGAGAGCGGUAAGUGGUGUUCUGGUGCUUUUAGACAUUGCAUCAUGUAUUGGGAGCAGAGGAUGGGCCGCCUCUCUAACCCGGCCGGGUGGAACAGCCACGUCGUGAACGGGCUCAAGGUGCUUGUGAAGGGCUCCGUUUCACAGGCCAUCCGUCACUUCAAUCCCGAGUACGACGACGAGAAGGAGGAAUGGAUUUGGGGACGCCAUGGCCUCCGCCUUUCUGCCUGUGGUCUUGAGAACAUGAAGCCUAAUGCUGGCGCUAGCGGCGGAGACGUCUCCGGGAAUGUUGUGCAGUCGGUGUCAGUCGGGGGCGUGUAG